UAUAUUACCGUAGUCUCUGGAUUUCAUAAUUGUAUGUGCCGCCGGUUUGAAGAGUCAAAACAAACCUGUGUGAUUACGCACAGCAGUGGUUACGUUUGAUACGGAAAUUAUUAAAUAGCAGCAAUAUGAGUCGAAGAAAAAGAGCGAAGGUGGAGUACAGAGAAAUGGAAGAGAAAUAUAAUCAACUAGAGGAUGAAAAUGCUUCAGAUACAUCGGAAAAAUCUAAACCUGGUCUUGUAACGCCAGAAAAGAAAGUUGUUCCUGAAGUAAAAAAAGAAUCUGAUACAAGUAUAUCGCAAUCCGUUCCCACAUCUUCAGCACCAAGAAUCGAAGUAAAAGAAGAAGACGAUCAAGAUAGCGAUCAUGAAGAUCCUCAUGUAAAAGAAUUACUCAAUGGUUUGGAAGGGGCAGCAUUUCAAAGUCGUCUUCCAUUCGAUAAAUUAACUUCUACAGAAGCUGCUUGUUUCCCAGAUGUUUCUGGCGGUCCACCACAGACUCAGAAAGUUUUUCUUCACAUUCGAAACAGACUUUUGCAAUUAUGGCUUGAAAAUCCAAAACAACAAUUGAUAAUUGAGAAUGCUUUGCCAGCAAUAGAACCACCUUAUAAUAGCGAUACUGUAUUGGCACGUCGAAUUCAUGCAUUUUUAGAAAGACAUGGUUUUAUUAAUUUCGGAGUAUUUAAACGACUUAAACCAUUGCCUACGAAGAAGUUAGGUAAAGUAAUCGUAAUUGGAGCAGGUAUUGCUGGUUUAGCUGCAGCUCAACAAAUGCAACAAUUUGGUUUAGAAGUAAUUGUACUCGAAGCACGGGAUCGCGUUGGUGGACGAAUUGCAACAUUUCGUAAAUCUUCAUAUAUAGCCGAUCUCGGGGCUAUGGUAGUCACGGGUUUAGGUGGGAAUCCCGUAACAACACUUAGUAAACAGAUUAAUAUGGAACUUCACAAAAUUCGACAAAAGUGUCCUUUAUACGAAAGCGAUGGGCAAACGGUCCCAAAAGAUAAAGAUGAAAUGGUAGAGAGAGAGUUUAACCGGUUAUUGGAAGCAACUUCGUAUCUUUCACAUCAAUUAGAUUUUAAUUACGUGGGUAGUGCUGGAUCUGGACAAGGUGGUAAUACACGACCGGUUUCAUUGGGUCAGGCAUUGGAAUGGGUUAUACGUUUACAAGAGCAAGGUGUCAAACAGCGUCAAGUAGCACAUCUGCGUUCCGUACUCUCUCUCCAAGGUCGACUUAUCACCAAUCAACAUAGGAUGAUAGCAAUCAUGGAUCGUUUGGUCGAGUUAAAUAAGCAAUAUAAAGAGAUGACCGAAAGUAAAUUACAAACACGUGAUAUAACGCAAGAAUUCGUAUUGCGUUCAAAAUUACGCGAUCUUCAUAAUGCAUGCAAGGAAUGGGAUCAACUUUCCGAACAGCAGAAAGAAAUCGAGGCAAAAUUACAAGAAUUGGAAGCCUCUCCUCCCAGUGACGUAUAUCUUUCUUCGAAGGACCGUCAAAUAUUGGACUGGCAUUUUGCAAAUUUGGAGUUCGCCAACGCGACGUCGCUAUCGAACCUAAGCCUGAAACAUUGGGACCAAGACGACGACUUCGAAUUUACCGGCAGCCAUCUAACAGUUCGCAACGGCUACUCGUGCGUACCUGUUGCUCUGUCCGAGGGCCUGGACAUCCGGCUGAACACGGCUGCAAGGGCGGUCCGCUACGGGGUGAACGGGGUGGAGGUGUGGGCCGCACCCUCGCGCAGCCCCCACACAAAUCACACGGUGUACAAGGCGGACGCGGUGCUGGUCACCCUUCCCCUCGGAGUGCUCAAGGCGUCCGCGCCGCCGUCCGCGGUCGCCUUCAAUCCUCCGCUUCCGGACUGGAAGUCGCAGGCUAUUCAGAGGCUCGGUUUCGGCAAUUUAAAUAAGGUGGUGCUGUGCUUCGAACGGAUCUUCUGGGAUCCGACCGCCAAUUUGUUUGGCCACGUGGGGAGCACGACCGCGUCGCGUGGUGAGCUCUUCCUCUUCUGGAAUCUUUACAAGGCGCCGGUGCUGUUGGCCCUGGUCGCUGGAGAGGCUGCCUGUGUCAUGGAGAAUGUCAGCGACGAUGUGAUCGUUGGACGUUGCAUAGCCGUCUUGAAGGGUAUCUUCGGAAACCAAGUGGUUCCGCAGCCGCGCGAGAGUGUAGUGACGAGAUGGCGAGCGGAUCCAUGGGCGAGAGGCUCGUACAGCUUCGUCGCGGUCGGCAGUUCCGGUAGCGAUUACGAUCUUUUGGCCGCCCCUGUCGCGCCCCCUGCCACCCCUGGCGCACCGCCGCCGCAGCCCAGGGUUUUCUUCGCAGGGGAGCACACCAUACGAAAUUACCCGGCUACCGUGCACGGCGCAUUUCUCAGCGGACUACGCGAGGGUGGACGGAUCGCGGAUCAACUCUGCGGAAGCCCUUACGCCCCACCGACGAUGCCCGCUUCCGGUCCAGCGCCCACGGCGAUUCCAACCGCGACAACCGGAUCCACGACCACGCCUUAGCGUCCUGCCGCGGAAUCAUCCUUGGCUUUCGAUCGAUAGAAAAAAAAUGAGAGAAAAAGAAAAAAAAAGAAAAGAAAAAAAAAGCGUUACAAUAUCAUCGUACGAUUCAAUCGAUCAUCAUCGUCAUUCUAUUAUUAUUAUUAUUAUUCUCGCUUAGACGACACGAAGGAAAGUACGAGAGCUGGAAUACGGUAGCUGGAAUUUUUUUUCUUCGAAAAUUAAAGAGGAUCGUUCAUUAUACAUAUAUAUAUGUAUAUAUGUAUUUUUUUUUUUUUUUUUUUUUUUCCGUUCUUUCGAAGAGCAUAAAAGUUCCAGAUAUCAGAAGCUCGUUUAUCGUGUUUUUCUCGAUUGUGAUCGUAUAUUCGAGGCUCGAACGAGAGCCAACAGGUGCACGUAUACGAGCGCGAUCUUACGAUUAUUAUUAGUUAGGGAAAAAUCUAUCCGCGAAUAACCAUUUCCUCCCAACGUUGUACGUGGUAAUAAACGUUUAUAUUGGACGAUCGACGUUUGAUUCGUCCUGGUUCGAUCCGUCGGUUUUCUGCUUGAUUGCUCCUAUUAUCAUGGGAAUAUAAUUGAAACGCGAUCGUAAUUGAGAAUGGGAGGUGGAGGAGGAGGAGGAGGAGGAUUGGCGAAGCGGAUCGAUUAUUAAGUGUAUCGACGUGACGUUUUCGAGCGAUUCGAGAUUUUCGUCGGUUCCGUUCGGAUUCUUUCGGAUCCCCUUGGACGAAGAGAUCGUAUUUAUUUUUCAGACAUCGCGCCCGAAGCGUGAGGAUACGUUUAAAAUAAAGCGGACAGAGUCGAGGAUUUGAGAAUGAUGAUCGAGCCGAGAAUCGUGUCACGAUUAACGCACGUCGAUUCAUUUACACACACGUAUGCAUACACAUACACAUACACACACAUACACGUCGCUACGAUCCUCGAUAUUCUUAUUUCCGCUUCUCUUUCGUAUUUUUAUUAUAUACGAAGGAGAUCGCAUCGAACGAGAGGAUCGUAGCCGAUCUUAGAGAUACGUCGAUUCAUGAUAAGAAAGAUUCGUGCCUUUUGCUACUACGUUCCAUCACGUACAUUACACUGUUUAGUCUGUACCAUAUCGUAGAAAUCGUUUCACUGUACGUUUAACAUACUCUCUCUCUCUCUCUCUUUCUCAUAUACAAUUAUCUUUUCUUCCUUCCUCUUUUUUUUUUUUUUUUUUUUUACUCGCUUCGACACGCUUUCAUAGGUCACGCGCAUUUAUCCCCAAAUCUUCCUUCUUUUCCGUACAUAUAUAUAUAUAUUAUGCUUCCUCGAGAUCUCUCGAUCUAUUAUAUCAUUAGCUACCUUCCAUCACUUCUUAUCUUCAAUUAAUCGAUUAUCGAUUAUACGUUAUUAUAUAUAUUUUAGCAUUAACGGGAAGAAACCAGAGCAUGCAUUUUCGCAACGAGAACAAAAGGGAAAAAAAAAAAGAAAAGAAAGAAAAAAAAUAUCCGACGUGGAAUAUCGUUUUCGCGCAUUAAAAACGCGUACAAUUGCCGAACAAACCCACAUCUCAACCCCCCGACAACAACGAACGCCCGAUCUAUAUAUUAUUAUAUAUAUCUAUACGCUCGAUCUGAUCGAUUCAAACGCUCAAACCGUUAAGCCGUUAAGCCGCAGAUACUUUUUUCCAAUGGGGAGGGAUGGACACCGAAAUGAUCCACGUAGCCCGCGAGAGAACACCCCCGCUACGGAGGAUGAUGAUUGACUCCGUUCAAGCCAAGAUUUCAUCGCCCUCGAAUCACGAGUUCGAUCGGUGACCGAUUAUCGAUUAUUAUCAAUUAAGGGGAACGGAAUUGGAGGAAUUUGCCAUCGAUUAAAAUCGACUUCGAGGAAUCGAAUCAAGCGCACAUACGUACACACAUACACAUCCACACACAUACACAUGCGCGCACACACACAUAUACACAUGCAGAUACAUUUUAAGCUUCUCUCUCUCUCUCGUGGAUGAUACUUCGAGAGAUGAAACGGAAAUAAUCCACGUAAAAGCGUAAAGAAAGAAAGAACCGUCUCACUGUAUACUUCGCCGAGUUGACGAUGUGAAAAAUUUCUUCUGUAUAAGUUAUAAGGUAUAUAGAAAGAAAGAAACGCGUGCGCGAUCGCCAACGUUAGAUGUCUCAACGUCCCACCGCAACACCAUGUGCGCAAUAAUGUACGUAUAAAUCUGUAAAAGACUAAUCGAUGAAUCGAUCGUUGAUCGAUUCUUAAGCAAUUCCGCUUAUAAUUUGUCUUGAUUAAAGGCAGAGAGUUGUUACGACACCAACGUUUGUGAAGAAAAACCCGUUUCGUGUUUCA